AUGGCUGGAAGCUCAUCUUCAUCUAGCAGAAUUCAGGUAGCCAAUCCCGUAGUAGAGCUGGAUGGAGACGAGAUGACCCGUAUAAUUUGGGAAAAGAUCAAAGUGAAAUUAAUAUUUCCCUACCUAAAAUUGGACAUCAAAUACUACGAUCUGGGGCUGCCUCAUAGAGAUCACACUGAUGAUCAGGUGACAGUAGACGCUGCAAAUACUAUUAAAAAGCACAAUGUGGGAAUUAAAUGUGCAACAAUAACGCCUGACGAAGAACGAGUUAAAGAGUUCAAUCUCAAGAAAAUGUGGCUGUCUCCAAACGGGAGCAUUCGGAACAUUCUUGGAGGAACUGUUUUUAGAGAGCCGAUUCUUAUCAAAAACAUUCCAAGAUUAAUUCCAGGAUGGACGCAGCCUAUCGUGAUUGGCAGACAUGCACAUGGCGAUCAGUAUAAAGCGAAAGAUUUCAUUCCGGAGGAGGCGGGAAAGUUCGAACUUGUGUUCACGCCGAAAUCGGGAAAAGGGGAGGAGCGAAUUGAAGUGUUCAACUUCACAGGGAAGGGGUGUCUCAUGGGAAUGUAUAAUACAGAAGAGGUUUUGUGA